CUCAUCUGAGGAGUCCUCUGACGGGGCCAUGACACCGGGCCAGAUUCAAAGUAAUCGGAGAGAGGCUCCAAGAUGGCUGCGAGACAGUGAGUACAGUGAAAACUGUUGCUCCAUAGCCAAAAGUAAAUUCACAAAGGAAAGGAUAACUGAAUAAGAGUUACUAUAUCUGAUACCGAUAUCAUUUUUAUAUCUCUUUAUUUUACUACUCUGCUUUUAUUCUCAAAAUUACACACUACAUGAAAGCCGAGAGAAACUUGGCAGAAGUAGAAUCCUCCGACCGUAAAAUAAACAAACAAGAUAAGGAGGCCUUGUACUUUGGAAGCUAUGACAAAUAGAUAAUAGUAACUGAAAACAAGUAGAACUUUUAAAGUUUUUAACAUUUUAAACGUACCAGAGUCUGACUAAUUAAAAGACGACAAUCCUUGCACUUGAUUGGGUUAAAUCAUAUACCCAACAAUAUGGUUCUCACCAGACAAAAAUGCAAAGACUUAGGCAUUAUACCGGAUAAAGAGGAAGUGCAAAUGGUCUCUAGAGGAAAGCAAGCCAAAAUCACUUAUUACUACCAGUCGAAUGAGAAUGCAAACAAGACAAAAGAUAAGGCAGAGUCGAAAGAAAAUUUGAUCCAUGAAACUUUAGUUACUGAUUGGGAUGUAAAUAACUUACCACCAUGGCUUCCAAAUAAUGAAGGGGACAACAGCUUCCUGAAUCUAGCACAAGAAAUAGAGGAAGCAGAGGGACAGGGAGUCUCCCAGGAUUUGUCGUGGUUUAUGAAUGAGACUAUCACGUCAGUAGUAGACGAAGAGGGUUCAAUGCCACCAUUGGAAUCCUCUGGCUGCUAUGAUGAGUAUAAAAUCAGCCCGCAACUCAUUGCAACGUAUACAGAGAAGACAAAAGAACCCGAAUUAUUUAACUUACAAGCAACAACAAUAAAGGAUGAUUGGUGUCAGAUGGUGUCUCAAUCACUCACACAAAUCGCCAAAUUUGUGGCUGAAGCAAAUUUGUUGCUAACAACGCUAACAGAAUUCAUUGUAAAAAGGGAGCUAUAUACUGAUACAGAGACAAAGACUGUAAACACAGACACGCAGGCUUCUCAGACAAACCAAAGGAUAGAUCUCCAUCUAGUGGCUAAAAAAGAGAAGAGCUCUAAGCUUCCAACCCAAGCUGUAAAAAAGAGUAAAAAUGACAAAUCUACCAGGAGUCAUCGUAGAUGUCACAUGAAAUUUGAAAGACUCUUCAAGCUAUUGGAAACAACAAAAGAGCCAACUGAAAAGAGGAAUAUAAAAAGAAAAAGAAAGAAAAAGAAUGGCAAGAUAAAGACCAAAGUGCUUCCUGAUGUAGAAAACUCCCAAUCAAGCCCAAAAGAGAGCAUACAAGGAUCAUUAAUCAUGAAAAAUAAGCCAGAAAAUCUUAACUUUAACCUGCAAAUACACGAUGCUCAUGAGCAGAUAGCAAUGGAUAUGGACAAUACUAAACCUUCUCACCCAAACCAAAAAGAUAGGCUGUGGGAGUUAACCUUAAGUGAAAUAAAGUUGGCAAUAAUAAAUUUUCCAAAGCCAAAAGGAUAUCUAACGCAAAAAGAAAGAAAGAAACAUCUGAUAAAGACUGUGGACGAAUCAUCUCCUGGACUUAUAAAGAUGAAAGAUAUUAUAAACAUCAAAUACCUUUUUUAUAAUUAUAUUAAUGCGAGAGCCGUAGUAACAUCUCGUCGAAAGACAAAACAACUCUAUUCUAUCGCAAGAGAGAAUUGCUGGUAGCACAAAAUAUAUACAUUGUUAGAAUCUGUGAACAUUUAGCCCCCCCGCAAAGAUUAAUGGCAUCUUCUUUUAAUAAUAACAAAUCUCCAUCUUUAUUUAAAGAAGAAGUGCAAGGGGUGAAUUCGACCAUGCCGGUUAUAAAAGAGAAGAUAAAUAAAGUGGCAAACCAAUUUUUACCGGAAGAACUAACUUUACUAGAUACCUUUGCCACUUUGUCUUUCGAGGCAAAGGCAGAAAUUUGGACUAAACUUGAAAACCUAAUGACAGCACUAAAGGAAAUGGAUCAUAACGAUGAAAGCCAGACUAUAGAUACCUCUACAAACAAGAAAAGCAUAAAUCAAGGGAUACCCGAAUUGACUAGGAAUAAGCAGGACAACAAAAAUGAGAAAGAUACCCCUCAAAUCCCAACAGGGGUUAGUGAAUUGGAAUUACAAUUGACAAAGCCAAUUAUAUCGAGGCAGAACAACACUCUGGGACCAAGAGAGAACGUAAGCUUGGAGUCAACUCCCCCCUAUCAAAGUAGCAAAUGACACAAUAGCAAUUCAAAAUUCUCCACCCUAAAGAUCUUAUCGUGGAACAUUGCCGGAUGGUUUAAUAAAGCUACUGACAUACCAUACAUGAAAUCUUUGGAGCAAUUUGACAUAUUACUCUUACAAGAAACUUGGACAAUGGAUGAGAUGGGAUUCGAUGGAUACUCGGCAUACCAACUAGAAGCCACCCCUAGUUACAGGGGAGGCCGCUCAAAAGGGGGUUUAUGUACGUUCAUAUCAACGGCAAUUAAUGGUCCCAUUAUUAGAUGUGAACCUUUAUUAGGAUUGGCUACUGCUGUAAUUAUAAAACUCCCGUGGCACUCUGUGAUAUUACUUAAUGCGUACUUUCCACCAAGCAGAGAUAAAAAAUUGGGCACUAAUAAAAUUGUUAAGUUAAGAGGGAUAUAUAACUAAGCUAACUCAACGCCAUCCAGACGCUUUAUUAAUAAUAGCUGGAGAUUUUAAUGCCAGAGUGGGCCCAUCGGAUGAAGUUCUGUUCACUAAAUAUCAAAUGGCAGCCCCCUCCUUGGAUGGUCCAACUCUCAUGCCUACAAGACAAGCAAAAGACAGAGGCACUAAUUAUAUAGGUCUCUGUCUAAUGCCGAUGAUAUUUAAACUAAAUCUAAUCCUUCUAAAUGGACGUACUUUGGGAGAUUUAGAAGGAGAGUAUACAUAUCUCUCAUCUAGAGGCGCAUCCAUAAUAGAUUUAGGCAUUGUCUCCCAAGAACUCUAUCAUCUAAUUAGGAGGUAUGCGAUCAUAGAUAGGCCUGAAAGUGACCAUUCACCUGUAAAUAUAGUGCUGAAGUGCGGAGAAGGUCAAAUAUAUACUGACCUGCAAACAUUUCCUAUUUCUGACUGUGAAAUUCGACCGAGUAGACUUAAAUGGAUAUCUAAAUUAGAAAAGGAGGCCACAGAUAGAUUAAAUGCCCCUGAUAGUCUGGCUCUAAAGGAAUUUAUGCUUUCAAAUAAUCAAUCGAUUGACCCCUACUAUCAAUUCCAACAGCUAAUAAAGAAGCUACAGAUGAUCUUGAUGCCAAGUACAAAAAACAAACCGAAAAAUUGGACACAAAAUUCCAAAUCAUGGUUUGACCGUGAUUGUGUAGAGAAAAAAAAAAAAUCUAAUAGCUACUUUUAAAGCAUAUAAGCAAAAUAGAUCCCAAGAGUUACUACAGGCAACUGUGAAGCCAGGAGGCAGUACAAACAGUUAGUUAUUAGAAAAAAGAAAUUAGGGUUGAAAGAAAUAUGGCACCGCCUUACUUAUGCCUCCAAGUUAAAAAAAUCAUCUUUGUUUUGGAAAUUAAUAGCAAAUAAUUGGCCAAAAUCUUAUACCAACUUGGAUUGUUACAUCUCCCCACAAGCAUGGGAAAACAACUUUCUAAACCUAUAUAGGAACGAUUUAGAUUGCCAUCUUUGAUAUAAUGGAAAUAAGAUGAAUGUACCUGAAUGGGAACCCGUGACCGUAAAUGAAAUCCUAGAACUGAUAUCUAAAUUGAAAUCAAAUAAAGCUCCAGGACCAGAUAACAUCCCUGCAGAAAUCUUUAAAACUAAUGCGGUAUGGUGGGCCCCAGUACUUGCGACCCUUUUUUCUCAUAUUGACCAUACUAUGCAAAUACCUAGGGAUUGGGGUAUGGCCAUAAUUGUGCCAAUACAUAAAAAAGGCUCACUGUUUGAUCCAGCCAAUUUCAGACCAAUAAGCCUAUUAAAUAUAAUUAGCAAAUUAUAUGCUGCCCAUCUACAUAGCAAAUUAACUAUAUGGGCUGAAACCAAACAUAUUUUGGCACAAGAACAAGCAGGAUUUCGGGAGAGCCGUUCCACUAUUGACCAUGCUCUGGUCCUACAACAUCUGGUAGAGAAAUAUACUGAAAAAACUAGGAGCUCUCUAUAUACUGCUUUUAUAGAUUUAAAGACAGCUUUCGACUCAUAUCCAGAGCCAAACUAUGGGAAAAACUAGGCAAUACUAAUAUUGAUACUCGUUUGUUGCUAUUAAUACGAGGGCUUUAUGAGAAUACUUAUCUCCAGAUCAGAUGUAACAACAAAGGUCAUCUAACAAACCCUAUACCCACAUAUAAAGGAGUAAAACAAGGCUGUAUAUUGGCUCCGCUUUUAUUUAACAUCUAUAUAAAUGCAGUAGUCAAUAGUUUAGCAGUAGUUCCCUCACAUCCCACAAGGCUAGUGGAAAUUCCAAGGCAUAUAUUAUUAUAUGCAGACGACUUAGUACUAAUAUCGAGAACCCCCAUUGGCAUAAAGCACUUGAAUCUGCUUUGGCGGGAUUUUGCUUAAAAGAGCAUCUUAUAAUAAAUCAUGACAAAACAAAAGUUAUGAUUUUUACAAAAAAUAAAAGAAGGUCGAACCAUCUUUGGCGCCUGAAUGGCCAUUUAAUAGAACAAGUAGUAGCCUUCAAGUACUUGGGGAUAACUUUUCAAUCAUCUAAUUCCUGGCAAUUACACAUGAAAAUGGCAAUCCUAAAUGCGAAAAGAACAUCGAAAGCUCUGUUAUCCUUCUUUCAUAAUAAAGGGGGACAGAUUAUACCUGCAGCUAUUAAAGUGUUUGUGGCAAAAGUAAUACCGCAGUUGAUCUAUGGUACACAAGCCAAUACUUGUUUGAAAUUUACAUCACUUGAGGCAGUGCAAAACUCUUUUCUAAGGUCUAUUUUAGCAGUUCCCCCCUGUGUCCCAAAUUUCAUUCUAAGAUUAGAAACAGGAUUACCAUCUAUAGAAUCCCGUAUCUGAUGUCACAGAAUCACCUUUUGGUUGAAAUUAAUAUUUAACCCGGUAGGAUUGGCUCCCCACACUUUAAGUGACAGUUUCCAAUCUACAUGGAAAAAGAUGAUAUCAGAUAAAAUAUUAACUCUAGGCUUCUCUAUCUCAAUGAUUUUAGCUAUGGGCCAUAUAAAGACCAAGGUAAACAUCCUACAGCGGAUCAGAGAUAUUGACUACCAACAACAUCUGAUGCUAGUUAGGAAGCAUAGAUAUAAUAUCAAACCCUUGGCUCCUAUGGCAUAUCUAUCUAAUCUCACGUUACCUAAAUGGCACAAAGCAUUCACAUUGGCAAGAUUCAAUAUCUUACCAUCGGCGCUGUUAGAGGGCAGAUUUAAAAAAGUUCCAUAUAGUGAAAGAAAAUGCCCAUGUGAGAACGAUGAAGUAGAAAGAGUCAUGCAUGUUCUAUUAUAUUGCCCCUUCUAUUGUGUCCUUAGAGACCAGUUAAUUACUCCCAUCUUAAACUCAUUUCCCGGUAAAAGUGAUAUAUGCUAUGUGGACCUCCUACUGUCCGACCAAACCAUUGCAAUAACGGAGAAAAUUGCCAAAUUCUGUGCCAUAGCUAUUCAACGUAGGAAAACUUUGGUAUUUUAAAUGUGAUAAUAACUUUUUAACUUGAUUUGAAUUGUUUUUAAA